AAAACCUGGUUUUAGAACAGAGGUGUAGUAAUAUGAGUUUAUUGGAACAAACAAACGAGAAAUUGAGGCUUGCGAAUGAGAAGCUGACGAGGCAACUAGAUGACACUCUAGUCACGAGAAGACAUUCCGAAGGCAUCACACAACUAACAGAGUUCGAGUACCUUAAAAAUAUUCUGUACCAAUAUUUAUCCGGAGGUGUUGGAGGAGUUGGAGCCAACACGAAUAGUACCUUGAUCAGGGUGAUAGCUGCUGUUAUGAAAUUUGAUGCUACACAAACGCAGACUGUUUUGGAUAAGGAAGCCCAGAGGAACACUUUGCUGGGUCAACUGAACCUCAUAUAGCAACCGAAGUCAUUCAUCUCUUCCUACUUCAACUACAACAACUAUCAUCUAGAAUAAGCAUCAUAACCCAAAAAAAAAUCUGGACUCAAGACUGCGAACAAUAAUGCAGAGGCCAAAACUCACACUACUUGAUAAAGUGAUAAAUAAACAUGAUUCGAACAAAACAAUCGAGAUAAAUAAAUAACUAAAAAAGCCAACCAAUGUGUUCAGCAUUUUAAUGGAUAUAUAGUUGGGUAAUGGAGAAUAAUGGGGUAAGAGAUUUAUAGAGUUAUUUGGAUU